CAAGGGUGGGUUUGCCUGAUCGAUAUCCAGGGUCCUUUCUCCAGCCUACUAUUCAGCAAAGGGGCCCCCUUUUUUAACCUCAAUGUUACUUGAACGUCCUCUUGAAGAGAAAGCCAACAAUAUCUCCAGGCCAUGCACUAGAUAGCUGGAGUACUUAGUGCAAAUGAGGAGCCCCAUGACCUCCACACUCCUCGAUUCAGAGGACACCCAGACUUGGAAUACGUAACCGGGAUAAUGAUGACUUGUGAUCAAAGUUCGGCCAUGGACUACGACAAAAUACAGUCCGCCAGUCCGACCCGUACCCAUUAUCGGGAUGUCUUCGAAUGGGAUGAUACAUCCUACGCUUUGGCAGUGGACCCAGAAAAAGAUCAAGUCCGAGAGACCCUUUUCGAGGCAAUGAGAUCAGGUUCCUUGGCUCAAGUCGAGUAUCUCCACGAUCGCCAUGGCCCCGAAAUUUUUGAUGAACGAGACGAGUACGGUCAUUCCUCGGCCCAUUGGAUGGCGUUGAAUGGACACAUCUCAAUAGCGCGGUUCAUGGUGAGCAAACGAAUCAAAGUGGAUCUCCAUUCCGAUAACGGGCAGGGACCCCGACCAAUUCACUGGGCUAGUCGAAAUGGCCACGUAGCCGUGGUUGACGAGCUUCUAGGCGCUGGUGUACCCGUUGAUGCCACGGAUCACAAAGGUUUGACUCCGUUGAUGAUGGCGUGUAUGUUCGGGAGGUCACUCAUGGCAGCUUAUCUAUUGGGUCGAGGUGCCCAACCCCAUCUCACGGACAUGAAUGGAGAUUCAGCUCUUCAUUGGGCAGCCUACAAAGGAUUUCCUUCCGUGAUGCAAAUGCUCAUCUAUUCAGGAUUUGAUCCACAAAAACCGGACAAUUUUGGUUCCUCUCCAUUACAUUUGGCUUGUAUUUCCGGCAACCUUAUGGCUGUCAAGCUCCUAUGUGCCAAGAGCAGCGUCGAUCUUGAACCCCGCGAUCGCAAUCGCAAAACACCGUUGGAUUUAGCGGCAAAACACGGACACGAAGAUAUCAUCAAAUUCCUCGAAACCGAAAAGCGGCGGCGCAAUCACUUCCUUCCGGUUUUUUUGGACAUUUGGACUCUGGUGUUUGGGCAAACUGGCCGAACGAAAGGCCCGAUUCUAUUCUUCCUUGGUUCCGUUCUUUUGUGGGCCUAUCCGAUGUACUUUUUGCGAUGUAUUCCUGUGACGUGGAAUAUUCUACCCCAAACGCAUUACACGUUUAUUGUGAUGAAUAUUGUCAUGUGGGUGAGUUUAUUGGUGGCCAACCAACGAGAUCCCGGAUUCCUCGCCAAAAAUACCGAAGAGUAUCAUAGAGCCAUUAAGCAAAUUGCCUAUUAUGAUGAAUGGAAAGGCCAAAGGAACAACGAUAUCAUGAGGCUCUGUCACACAUGUCGAGUUGUUCGACCACUUCGAACCAAGCAUUGCCGAAUUUGCGAUCGCUGUGUCGCUCAAUUUGACCACCAUUGUCCGUACAUUUAUAAUUGUGUGGGAUUACGCAACAGGGGAUGGUUUCUGACGUUCACGUUAAGCGUGGCCAUCAAUUGCUCCAUCACAAUUUUCUUCGCCUUUUAUUGCAUUAGUGUUGAGGGUUGGAAACUCUUGUAUGUCAUUGGUCUCAUAGAGGCCUUCAUUUUCUGUGGCUUGGGUUGGCUCCUCUCUGGAUUUACGCUCUUGUACGCGGCCAUGAACCUCACCACGAACGAGAUGUUCAACUACAAGCGCUACAACUAUCUCAAGAACUCCAGAGGUAAAUAUCAUAAUCCAUUUUCUCGGGGCAUUCUUAUGAAUUUGGCCGAGUUCUUUCUCUGUCUCCCACCCGUCGAGUCGGAUGAGAUUCGGGCCUUGGAAGAGAACUAGUUUUGAUCCCGCUCGCCCAAUGGGUCUCAUGCCAUUCCAUCCCCCAUCCAGAAAAAUCAGACAACAAUCAACAAGAGACAGUAAGUGAAUCGGAUCAGCUCAUCGACUUCAUCCGAGCCUAAAACUUCGACAGACGUCCGCCAACCAAAUUCCAUUCUUGCCUUCUUCGUCCAUGACAUAACCAACCAUUCAAGUAUUCCAUCUCGAUCUGGUACAAACUACAUUAUGAUUGUCCAUUACGUGGAAAUGAAAACAAUAAACCCCGUUUUUGAGCUACAAUAAA